GCCGCCGCUCCUUGUCAGGCAGCCGGUUUCCUCUGGCCAGGCCCGCAAGGGUCUUCUUUCCGUGUCCGGGGCCGGCGGCCGAGCCCGAGUGUCCGCGCUUAGGGCUCCUGGCCGCUAGUACCGCGGCCUCGCGGGCUGCGUGUCGCUGCUGCCCAGACGCGGGUCAGCCCGCGGCUUCUGAAGGACCGGGGUCGCGGCCGGGUCCUCGGCUCCCACCCGUCUCCCGACUCUUGCCCCCGCCCCGCCCCGCCCCUGAGGCCCGGUCGUCGGGCGCUCGACGCUCGGUCGCGCGGCCGAUCGACACCCUCGGCGCUCCGACGGCGGAAGUGAGGGUGCGGGCCGCCGGCCGCCGCGGCGCGGGGCCCUGUCCGUGCGGUCCUGCAGGUUGCUUCUGUAGCUUGACCUCGUUUCUUCAGCAAGCACAAUGUCUCGAUCCCGACAGCCCCCUCUUGUGACAGGCAUCUCUCCAAAUGAAGGCAUCCCGUGGACGAAGGUCACGAUUAGAGGAGAAAACCUGGGCACUGGGCCAGCUGACCUCAUAGGUCUGACAAUUUGUGGGCAUAAUUGCCUCCUGACAGCAGAGUGGAUGUCUGCAAGUAAAAUAGUGUGUCGAGUGGGACAGGCCAAGAAUGACAAAGGAGAUAUUAUCGUCACGACCAAGUCGGGUGGCAAAGGAACCUCCACAGUGUCUUUCAAGUUGCUCAAACCUGAGAAAAUAGGCAUUUUGGAUCAGUCCGCUGUGUGGGUUGAUGAGAUGAAUUACUAUGACAUGCGCACUGACAGGAAUAAAGGGAUUCCUCCCUUUUCCCUGCGUCCUGCCAACCCACUCGGCAUCGAGAUUGAAAAAGGUAAAUUUCCCCAGAAGGACUUAGAAAUGCUGUUCCCUGGAAUGAGUGCUGACUUUACAAGUGAGAACUUUUCAGCUGCCUGGUACCUAAUCGAGAACCACUCCAACACCAGUUUUGAACAACUCAAAAUGGCGAUCACCCACCUGAAGAGACAGGCUAAUAAGAAGAGCGAGGGCAGCCUGGCGUACGUGAAAGGGGGGCUCAGCACCUUCUUUGAGGCACAGGACGCCCUCUCAGCUAUCCAUCAAAAACUAGAAGCAGAUGGAACGGAAAAAGUAGAAGGGUCCAUGACGCAGAAACUGGAGAAUGUUCUGAACAGAGCAAGUAACACUGCAGAUACGUUAUUUCAAGAAGUCUUAGGUCGAAAGGACAAGGCAGAUUCCACUAGAAAUGCACUCAAUGUGCUCCAGCGAUUCAAGUUUCUUUUCAACCUCCCUCUAAAUAUUGAAAGGAACAUCCAAAAGGGUGAUUAUGAUGUGGUUAUUAAUGAUUAUGAAAAGGCCAAGUCACUUUUUGGGAAAACAGAGGUGCAAGUUUUCAAAAAAUAUUAUGCUGAAGUAGAAACACGGAUUGAAGCUUUAAGAGAAUUACUUCUAGAGAAGUUGCUGGAGACACCAUCGACUUUACAUGACCAGAAACGUUAUAUAAGGUACCUGUGCGACCUCCAUGCGCCUGGCGACCCUGCGUGGCAGUGCAUCGGGGCCCAGCACCGGUGGAUCCUCCAGCUCAUGCACGGCUGCCGGGAGGGCUGCGCGCGGGACCUCAGAGGGCCCCCGGGCCUUCACGGCGCCCCAGUGGACCUCGACGCUGAGGUGCGCGCCCCCGCGCCUGGUCACCUCGGGCAGACGGCGUCGCUGAAGAGGGGCAGCAGCUUCCAGCCUGGUCGGGAUGACGCGUGGAGAUGCAGAACUCCCCAUCGGGUGGCAUUUGUUGAAAAAUUGACCAAGCUUGUUUUAAGUCAGCUGCCCAACUUCUGGAAACUCUGGAUUUCAUAUGUUAAUGGAAGCCUUUUCAGUGAGACUGCUGAGAAGUCAGGCCACAUUGAGAGAUCAAAGAAUGUAAGGCAAAGACAAAAUGAUUUUAAGAAAAUGAUCCAGGAAGUCAUGCAGUGUCUCGUGAAGCUGGUCCGCGGGGCCCUGCUCCCACUCGGCACGGCGGAGGGCGGAGGGCGGCAGCACGGAGGCUGGGAGGUGAAGGCCGAGCUCUCCGGACAGUGGCUGGCUCACGUCAUCCAGACUCUCAGGCUGACGUGUGAAUCACUGGCCGCCCUUGAGAUCCCUAGUGACCUGCUGCAGACCAUCCAGGACCUCGUCUUGGAUCUCCGAGUGCGCUGCGUGGUGGUCACACUGCAGCACACAGCCGAAGACAUAAAGAGACUGGCAGAGAAGGAAGACUGGGUUGUCGACAGCGAAGGCCUGACAUCUCUACCCUGCCAGUUCGAGCGCUGCGUGCUGCUCUCCCUGCAGUCACUGCGUGGUGUCCUGGAGUCCAAGCCUGGAGAGCCCAGCGUCUUCCAGCACCCUAAAACCCAGGAGGAGGUUUGCCAACUGAGCAUCAAUAUCAUGCAGGUUUUUAUACACUGUCUGGAGCAGCUGAGCACCAAACCGGAUGCCGAUGUGGACACUGCACAUCUCUCCGUUGAUGUUUCUUCUCCUGAUCUGUUUGGAAGUAUCCAUGAAGACUUCAGUUUGACUUCUGAACAGCGACUUUUGAUAGUCCUAAGUAAUUGCUGCUACCUAGAACGUCACACCUUCCUAAACAUAGCAGACCAUUUUGAAAAACACAACUUCCAGGGAAUAGAAAAAAUAACACAGGUGAGCAUGGCCUCACUCAAAGAUCUGGACCAGAGGCUGUUUGAAAGCUACAUUGAGCUGAAGGCAGACCCCAUCGUGGGCUCCUUGGAACCUGGCAUUUACGCUGGCUACUUCGACUGGAGGGACUGCCUGCCCCCGACAGGUGUCAGAAACUACUUGAAAGAAGCAUUGGUGAAUAUAAUCGCCGUGCAUGCAGAGGUGUUCACUGUCUCCAAGGACCUGGUGCCCCGGGUGCUGUCCAGGGUGGUGGAGGCGGUCUCUGAGGAGCUGAGUCGGCUCAUGCAGUGCGUCUCAUCCUUCAGCAAAAAUGGAGCUUUACAGGCCAGGCUUGAAAUCUGCACCCUGCGGGACACUGUGGCGGCCCACCUGACACCGGAGAGCAGAUCCAGUUUCAAGCAGGCCCUGGAAGCCCUGCCUCAGCUCUCAAGCGGAGCAGACAGAAAGCUGCUGGAGGAGCUGCUGAGCCGGGUCAAGAGUGGCAUGCACCUGCAGCUGGCCUGCUUCCAGGCUGCCCCCCCACCCGCCGUGAAGACGUAGAGCCUCCAGCUGAUGCUCCACUGAGCACCCACAGGUGUCUGCAUGGAAGCUUAGCUGGCCCUCUCUCUUUUCUUUCCCCUCAUUGGGGAGCUUAGAAAGAAGUUGGUGUAUGUUUUAUUUCAACCAAACUGACCUGAUUUAAAAUGCCCAGGAAGUAUUUGCUUUGCCAUUCUUGUAUGACUCAGCUGGUAAACAAUCCACCUGCAACAUGGGAGACCUGGGUUCGAUCCCUGGGUUGGGAAGAUUGCCUGGAGAAGGGAGAGGCUACCCACUCCAGUAUUCUGGCCUGGAGAAUCCCAUGGACUGUACAGUGCAUGGGGUCGCAAAGAGUCAGAUGUGAUUGAGCGACUUUAACAGUAUGACUUUAUACCUUUCUAAAAAUUAGGGAGCAUCUCAAAGCUACGUGCUGCGUGGUGAAGGCUACAGAAGGUAGGGCAGCUCAGGCCCUGGGUGUCUUCCCGAGUGUCCUGCAGCUUCCAGGACACCUUGGGAGGGGAUGCGUGGGUUACGUGAGCACCUGGAGCUGCCCUGAGCUGUGCAGCUGUGUGAACGCCUUCCUUUCACGCCAAUGGCUCUGGCGCCCCCAGCCCUAACCCAAGUGGACUUUGAGAAGAGCAUGAGGCCCACCCCCGACGGUGUUCCGCGGGGAGGCUGCCUGUGGCCUCGGGUUCAGAGUUACCUCUGCUGCUUGGCUUCUAUGUGCACGGCGCUCACGUUGUCAGGCCUCCUCUGUGGGACUCGCCCUGAACCGAUGUGGGCCUCCUGCCCCCCUGAGCCCCGCGCACGUGAGGGGCUGCAGUCAGCGCCUCCUCCAGGACUGGGAGCCCUGCUGCCCACCCGCACCGCCUUUCUGGCCUCUCCAGGGUGCUGCUUGGUGGUUCGGAGUCUCUGCUGUGGUGGUGUCUGUGUCACCAGAACAGGUCAGGCCGCCGUGUCUCCCGCAGACUCGGCUUCCCUGACCUGCCUUCGUCACACCGUUUGCUUCAGAAAACUGAGUCAGAUUUUAGAUUUUUCCCCAAUGCCAUGGCCCCGUUCUCAAUGCUGGCGUUGAUGUAAUAGUACAGGGAGCUCAGGUCCUCCAUGGCCAUGUGCUGUGUCCAUCAUUUGAAGUAAGUCAGUCUUGUGUUUGUUCAUUUGGUGUCAAGGAAGGUUUUGUCUUGAACAAAACUUAUGAAGAAAUACACUGAAGGUGGUCUCUCCUAGGCAUGUUCACCCCUGUAUCCCCUGCGUCUGUGACUCAAAUGACAAAACCACAGUCCUGAGCAUUUGUCUUAUUUUAAGUGUAUGAUGAAGACCCUUCAGCCAAUAAAGAAGGUGUCUUUACUACAAGAUAAUUUCGUUGAUAUUUUUUCCCUAAGCAUCUUUAUUUCAACACUUUCAUUUGCUAUGUAAUUUUUUUGUAUGUCUAAUUUUAACACCCAGAAUAAAUACUUAAACCCCGGUU